AUGACUAUCCACGACACUUCCGAAGUGGCCUACACUUCCAAUCAUGGCGCAGAUGUGUCAACCUUCCGUCAUUUUCCCCCGCUACUUCAAGGGCCGCACAAGGGCGGCCCUUCACGACGAGAAACGCUGAGUUUGGAUCUUUCGAGGCACGUCAAGUCUCAUUGCAACGAAUUCGGCUCUCCAUAUCUCCUACCAGUUGCCUGGGGCGCUGUCCUAGCCCGUUGGACUGAGAGUGAUGAAGUCCUCUUUGGUCUUGCUUAUCGUGGUCGUAAAACAGCCAUGGACAACCAAGCCAUUUACCCAUUCUGUCUGAAAAUACCUCCCACCGAUACUGUCAAUGAUGUCGUCGCGGCUGCAGCGCGGUAUGAUGACCAGAUGCGCAAAUACGACCACAUGGGACUACAAAAGUUCAGCGCGUUAAACCCAAGCAACAUCGUGCUUUGCAAGUUUCGAAACCUGAUGAUCAUCGGAGACAAUAUUCAUGACCUGGAUGCAGAAGAUAUUGAGGAGCAGUAUCCGCUCAGCUUGUACGUGCGUGGGACUGUGGUUCAGGCGUUCUUUGAUCCUUUGGUCGUCUCCGCACAUGAGCUGCACACUUUGCUCAAUCAAUUGGCGGACGUUGUCCAAGCGUCAAUUGAGAAUCCCGAUUCCACAAUUCAAAAUGCACGGAUAGUGGGCGAAGAAGGAAUAUCCCAGAUGCGACAUUGGCAUGUCUCACGCAAUGGGGCACUCACAGUGGACGAAGAUUCUGUGCUCGUUCACGAAUUGAUCAACUCACAACUUCUUAACAAUCCAUCUGCACUCGCCGUGUCUGCCUGGGAUGGAAGCCUGACCUAUGCGGAGCUCAAUCAAUGGGCAUCCUGCUUGUCGAGCAAUAUUGCUUCUGAUGAAUUCGGUGUGCGACCAGGCCAAUUUAUUGGUCUUCUGAUGUCCAAAUCAGUGACUACUGUGGUAGCUAUGCUGAGUGUGAUCAAAUCCGGGGCUGCAUUUGUCUUCCUUCCUCCGUCUCUUCCUAUUGAGCGGCUCAAGACUAUGUGUCGAAUCGCCAGUGUGCAUCGUAUACUUACGACAUCCGGCCACCAAGCCAAAGCUGCUCAACUGGGCGUCCCUCUUACUCAAGUGGAUUCAAAGCCAGAUUUGACAAAAAAUGUUGAGCUGGUCGAAAGCGUUGUUUUGAACGGCCCUCUAUAUGCAGUCUUUACUUCUGGGUCGACCGGUGAACCCAAAGGGGUUCAGAUAGAUCGAGAAUCAUUUGGACCCGGGAUCGCUGAAUAUUGCAGAAGGACGAGGCUUGGACCGACAUCACGGGUAUUUCAGUCCGUCUCAUACGCAUUCGUGGUCAGCAUACUCGAGCAACUCAUUGCACUGGCUGUCGGUGCAUGCAUUUGUCUUCCGUCAGAGGAGCAGCUUGAAAAUCAAUUGGAAGCCACUCUGGCUGAAUGCAAAGCUACUUGGGCAUCCAUGACUCCUACUAUAGCACGAACCCUUGUUCCAAGUCAAUUUCCCGCACUGGAGAGUUUGAUACUGGCAGGCGAGCCAAUCACCGCCGCCGAUGUCAAUCAAUGGAAGAAUCAUACAAUUUUAUACAGCAUGUACGGCCAAUCCGAGACUGCCAGUACACUUCUCGUCAAUCAAAUCGAUUUUUCUUUCCAUGAUCCAGGUAACCUUGGUACCUCUACGACUGGGAAAUGCUGGGUAGUCGACCCGCUUGACCACCAUCGGCUAAGAGGUGUUGGUAUUGAGGGCGAGCUGCUUCUCGAGAGUCACGCGUUGGGGGUGCGCUAUCUUGGAAACAAUGAGUCUACAGCAGCCGCAUUCGUGGAGCGGCCUGCUUGGAGCCUUGGACUGGACCAUGACGAUCAAACUGAACCACGAUGGCUACUGACGGGAGACCUUGUCAAAUACAGCACAUCAGAUGGUUCAAUCCAGCUUGUUGGCCGCAAAGGCACACAGACAAAGAUCAGAGGUCAGCGGGUCGAACUUGGCGAGAUUGAAAGCUGUCUUCGGAGUGCCCACUCGUCUGCGCAACAGGUCAUUGCUGAGGUUGUAACACCUGCAGAUGCUAAUGGAGAGGCUGGAAAGGCUGCUGCAAUCCUGGUCGCGUUCACGUGCUCGGGAUCGCAGACGCCGGCCUCCACCUUUGGACUUGAGGUUGAGUCAACAGUUGAGUCAAGAGCCCACAAUCGUGAAGCAUUGGCUGCCCUCAGAAAGUUGUUACCGUCAUACAUGAUUCCUAGUGCUAUUUUGAACUUGCGAGAGUUGCCACGCACGGCCUCUGGCAAGAUAAACCGAAAAGUACUACGUGACUGGGCUGCAGAGCGAAGAACGGAUGAGAUCCUCGGCAUUGAUGAGGAUCUUGUGGCAUUUCGUGCACCAGUCACACUCGAAGAGCGUGCUUUGCAGCUGGUCUGUGCGAAAGUGCUCCAUCUGCCAUCUUCGAAAGUGGGACUUGAUGAUAACUUCUUUCAUAUGGGGGGCGAUUCUCUCAAAGCACGGCAGCUUGUCUCGGCCUCUCGUUCGCAUGGGCUCCACAUCACAGUCGCUGAUGUGUUUAAUCAACCAAAUCUGGCAACAUUGGCGAAAUGUUAUGUUAAGUUGGAUAUUGGAUCGCAAGAUUCAAUCCCAGAUGAGAAUCUCUUUGCAAAAGUGAAGGGAGAAUUGCUCCAGAUGUUGCCGCCAGAGCUUGAUUCAAAGAACUUCGAGAGCGUGUUUCCCACUCUGGACAUGCAAACUCAUCUGGUGAAAAACGACGUCUUUGAUUAUCUCCCGGUUGAGAUCCAAGGUCCUGUGGCAGCAGAGCAACUCCGAUCUGCAUGUCAGACAUUGGUCGACAUUCAGCCCGCUUUACGAUCGUUAUUUAUACCCCUCAACGAUCAAACAGUGCAGGUAGUCUUGCGCCAGGCCAAUAUUCCUUGGGCGGAACAUAGUGCUCCCCCAGGUUCGAAUCUGCUAGAAUGGGCGCACUCGUGGGUGAUGGAAGAUCGAGAACGCGUACCACCGAACACGCAACUUGCAGUCAGCUUCACUCUCAUUCAUCACGACUCCGGAAAUUGUGCAUUUAUCAUCCGUCUCUCACACGCUCAGUACGACGGCGUCUGUUUAAAGCCCUUAUUUCAGCAACUUGAGUCGAUCUAUGCUCAUCCAGGACCCGCCUCACAACGACGACCAGACGCAGACUUUGUGAGCUACCGGCGAGCCUGCGAGCGUCUACGGACACCUCAAGCUUUCGAGCACUGGAAGGAUCUUUUGGCUGGGAGCGAGGUGACUCGACUGCCGCGACUAUGUCUUGGCGACGUGGCUCCAGCUUUCUUCAUCGGAGAAUGCGCACCUGCUCCUCCGCCAACAGGUAUCACAAUGGCAACUGCCAUCAAGGCUGCUUGGGCUUGUGUACUUGCGCAAGAAACUGGCAAAUCCGACGUUCUGUUUGGACAAGUCACCAAUUGCCGGGGAGUUCAGCCUGAGGCAGGGCAGGAGAUCAUUGGGAUGUGUCUUAACACAACGCCUGUUCGAGUCCAAGUUGAUCCAAAAACUCGGAUUCGUGACCUUUUGGCAUUCACGCAGGAGCAGCACGUCAGGUCACUCGCGUAUGAAACCACCGAUUGGCCUGACGUAGUUGCACAAAGCACCUCGUGGCCGGCUGACACGAUUCUUGACAGCGUUGUACUGCAUGAGAAUUUUGACAGUCUUCGGGAGAUAUCCCUUGGUGGCUCUACGGCACAGAUCAAGGAGCCUAUAUUCAAGCCUGUGGGAUCACCACAGCAUAUAUUGGUUACUUGGCCAGGCCCAGAGAGUAUGAUGACGUUCCUGGUAUCGAGAACAGGCGCGUUAGAACAGACCCUGGCAGAGGGAUUGGUGAAAAGGUUCAAUGAGACUCUUGUGCGGUUCUUGGCUUCUCCUGAUGAUUUCAUCAGCCUUGUCUGUUGA